GUAGGCAGUGGGUGAAGAGCGCGUGGAGCCGCCGGAGCCGCUUCCCUACAGGUUGGUCCGGGACGGUUUCAACCACACUUGUACUCGGUGUUUAUGUUAUAAAACCGCGUCGAGUUUGACUUCUUGACCCUUGUUUCUUCCCUCAACGGGGCUUUCCUCCUCGCCGAACUCCUCUUUGUCGUUACAGAGGCGAAGAAAGGAGCAGGACGAGUCCUCUGCCAUGGCUAAAUCGCCAACUUGUUGAUGUUGCCGCUGAAUUUUAUUACAGUCAUUCAGGAAUGUGAAGAUGCCACAUUCUGUCAGCUCCCUCCCCACGGAAACUCUCAUCUCUAAAACCUUCUCCUUGGACUUCUUUUCUGCCAGCGUACGCCCUACAGAGCCCUACACAGCAGACAGCUUCAUCGCCAGCGCCAGUAACAUCAGCAACAUCAGCGGGAUAGGCAUCCUUCGCUGUACCUAUAAGGAAGACUUUAAACGUAUUUUACUCCCGGCUGUGUACACUUUUGUCUUCCUGCUUGGCCUUCCACUCAAUGCUACCGUCAUACUGAAAAUAUGGAGGACGAGGCCCAAUCUGUCCAAAAACAACAUCUAUAUGCUCAACUUGGCCAUAGCUGACUUUCUGUAUGUGAUGUCACUUCCCCUGCUCAUCUACAACUACGGCAGUCAUGACUACUGGCCCUUUGGGGAGUUUGCCUGUAAGCUGGUCAGGUUUCAGUUCUACAGUAAUCUGCAUGGCAGCAUCUUCUUCCUCACCUGCAUCAGUGUGCAGCGCUAUGUGGGCAUUUGCCAUCCUCUUGCAAUGUGGCAAAAGCAGGGUGGUCGCAGGAUGGCGUGGUGUAUCUGCGGAGGAGUUUGGCUGGUGGUCGCCACACUGUGUGCGCCAACUUUUCACUUCGCUGCGACAGGAAUCCAGCGCAACCGCACAGUAUGUUAUGAUUUAAGUACGCCAAAGCUUUCGGUAGACUACUAUCCUUACGGCAUGGCUCUGACCUGCCUUGGCUUCUUGUUGCCUUUUAUGGGUGUGAUGGUGGGCUACUGCCGGAUGGCCCACAUCCUCUGCCGCCCAGUGUCCUACCAGGGUGUCUCCAUGGCAACUGGGGAGAAACGGGACAAGGCCGUGAGGAUGAUCAUUGUGGUGGCGGCAGUGUUCUGCAUAAGCUUCCUGCCAUUUCACCUCACCAAGACCAUGUACCUGGUGAUACGCACUCUACCUGGUGCGCCCUGCGAGACGAGAAACUUGUUUUCAAUCAUCUAUAAGAGCACCAGGCCAUUUGCCAGCAUGAACAGCUUUCUAGACCCUAUUCUGUUUUACUUCACCCAGCCGCGAUACCGCCGGAACACCAGAAGGUUUGUGCUUAAAGUCACCACUCUCAGGGACAAGGGCACCAGUGUAUGAGCAAACAAGAAAUCAUACACUGCAACAGUAUUUCCUCAAGCAUUGUUGGUACACCAUUGGUGGGUCCUAGGAUGCUGCAAAGUGGUACAUGUAUUGGUUGCUGAGUUUUUUUUUUAAACACUCUUCCUGAUGUUAUUUAUCAUAUCCUCCUCCUGCUUAUAUCAUCUUGAAUUGGCAUUAACCAUCACAGACGAUGGGUGUAUUUUAUUGGGAAGUUAGGCAUCUUGGACACUUCUCAUUGGGAUUCUCGAUUCUGUACUGUCUUUAUUUGAUUAUUUGGCUGAGGAAUACUGUAACAUGUACUGAUUGUAUUGUCACUAGAACAAUGCAUUCACAUCCUGCAUUGUCCCUGUGAAUCUGUGAAAUGUUUGUUUCCAGUCUCUGCUGUGCACUGGGUAGUAAACGAGAAACUUUUAUCUUUUUUUUGUAAAAGAGGUUUUUUUUUGUUGUAAUUUUUGUUUCACACUGUGAAAAAUAAAUAAAAUACUUAAAAUAAAUACUCUAAAAUAAUAAAAUAACAAGGGGUUUCUUCACACCUUAUAAAGGACUGCACUGAAGAUGAUUUUUAGAUCCUUGUGAUGUGGAAGUGGACAUAUACAUGGUGAAACAGAGAAGGACAGAACAACUAAUUUAAUUUUUGGGAUAAAAUCCACUGUGGCACAAAGCCGUGUAAAACACACACUGUGACUAAAUGUUUAUGACUGCAUGUUGGAAUUGCAUGAAGUACUUGUGUGUUGAAAUUAACUGGCACUGGGAAGACAAAUGCCUCACAAACAUAGAAUUGCAAAAAACAUAGCAGGUGAAUUAGUGAAUGUAUGUGCAUUUUUAUAUCAAAGCAGUAUUAAACUUUCAUAUGAAGGUUUCCACUUCUUUUUUUUCCCUACAGAUGACAUUUUGUUUCAACGUUAUUCCAGCUGUAAAGCAUGGUGUUGCAUGCUUUCACCACCGGAGGGUGUGUGCAAUCCACUACUGUAACACCACUGCACUGAAACGUUGGCUCUGUCUUUUCUAAAAAGAGUUCUUUAUUUACAUAUUAUCCAAUGAGGAUUAGAUCUUACUUACAGCAGUUAGGGGGCAAAUGGAUGCUAGAAAAAACUGUUAAAUAAAUAUCCACACGAAAUAGGCCGUCAAUGCAUGUUUUUUUCCCCCCAAAUAUUCUUUAAAUUCUGAAGUAAACAAAGGAAAUCAAUUUAAAGGAUUGUGCCAACAGACUUAUGUAUACAUUAAUAUAUUUUUUAGAUCCCUAUCGAACGCAUUAGAUGCUGAGAGGGAAGGGAAAUUUCAGUUUAUGGACCUUGAGGUAGAGUGUAAAUUAAGGUACAACCCUAGUGUUUUCCACUUCCUUUGAAUGUGCAAAUCCCUCCCGUGAAGGAUUUCUCUUCCAAGACAUCACUUCUGUUGAUGGAUGUUAGGUGUUAGAGAGAUGACGGAAUAAAGAAAAAACAAUAGGGAAUAGAGACAUUUAUGAAAAGAAGCUUGGUACCCUUAAAGAGGUACUGUAGAGUGGAUUUAAAUUGUGUAGUACUUAGUACUGUUGUGAUAUCUCUAACCAGAUGCAAUAGUCUGAAUUUGUACAGUCUUUUUUCAUUUUAAACUUCCCUCUGCUGUUUCCUAUGGAGUUAUACCAAGUAACUGAGUUGCUGGGUUUCUGAUUUGGUAAUCUGUACAUGAAAUGAAUGAAAAUUAAUUUGAUUAAAUUCAGAUUUUAAUAUUUUUCUUAGUUCUUAUUUUUCCAAUAACUUGCAUUUUGUCUUUUAGACACACACUGUAAAGAAAACGACAGAAUUUAUUUUUUUGUCCUUUUAUAUACAGGAAUAUUAUCAUUUUUUAUUACUGACAAGUUCUUUUUCACAACUCUUGUAAAGAUUUCUGUCUUCUCGUGUAGCUUCUCUGUCAUUCUAUAAACGGUGAAUCUGUGCCUCAUGAUGUCUCAACACUGCAGAGGUCUAAUUCCCAUAAGGAUUGGUAACUAUGAAUUUGAGCUGAUUUUUCAUUGCACUCAUGGGUUAAUUAUAAUAUUUAGUUAAUAUAUCUACUAUCAACAUAAAUGAAACCUCAUCAUAAAUGUGCCCGAGGUGCAUAGUUUAAUGCUGAAUGUGUUAAUUUGCAUCCAUGAGGGAAGAGCUGUUGUGUACAUUGGUUUAAUUUGAACAUAUUUAAUGCAUUUUGGAUGCAAAAGACAUUUUGACCACAACAUGAGGUCUUGUGCUUAAUAAUGUUGCAAACUUCUUAAUAGGUGUAUUACUGCAAUGCAUGUGUAUUCAGUAAUGUAGUAAUCUACUGUAUAUUGUGCUCCUGGCUUCAGCAAAGAGCGACUGCGCCACCCUGUUUUCGACUACUAUUUGCAAUGCCUGAUAUAUUUUUUCCCACAGCUGUCUGCAAUGUGUUGAGUGUCUUUGCGCUGUGCCAACAUAUUUGUGUCAAUCAGUAUUAUCAGAAUAUUUCUUAUUUUUGCAAAAUACUGUAACACAGAAAUAGAAAUUUAUUUUUGUUACAUUGAGAUGAUUAUGUUGAUGAGAAAGUAGCAAUUAUGUGAGUUUCCUGAGUUUGUUUGUUUGAGUUUCUUGAGAAAAUGUUUCGGUGGUGACACAAUGUAAAACUAACUGAAGACAGCUAUUAAAAAAAGUCACGUAAUCAAUCAUGAAUGCCUUUUCCUUACUCAGAUCAAAAUUAUUUUCAAAUAAAUAUACUUUU